AUGCCCUCGCAAACACCCAAGCUCGACUUCUGGCUAGAGCCCCUAGACCUACGCAAACAUCUCCAGGACUUCCAUGAACUAUGUUCCGACGAAAAAGCGUGUCUCUGGAGCUCCCAACCGUGCACCACAGGCUUAGAAGUCUCCAAAGAACGGCUGUUCAAAGCUCUCACGCACAACCCCGAGAGUAAACCAUGGCACCUGAGCUGCGCCGUAAUGUCCUCGGACUACGUACGUCCGGCGCCGGCGGGCAGCAACGGAAGCAUCAGCAAUACCACCACCGAGACUAAGAUGAUUGGCGUGGUCAGGACGACGAGGGCUUCGACUUGGGGCUUGUCGAUAGGCUACAAGCUGAGGUCUGACUGCUGGGGGAAGGGGUACGCUACGCGCGCUAUCCGGGCGUUUUUGGAGCUGUACUGGAGCCUGUUGAGGGUGGCGCCUCGGAAGGAGCUAAUUAUCUCUGAGGCACGGGAAUCGGGCCAGGGAGAGGAAGGCGGUCCAAGUGCCUCGGCUGGAGAUCUACAGAUGGAUCAAGGUUUGCAGCCAGGGAAUGGAGCUACCACGUCGGCCGGGGACGUAGCAGUGGACUUGGGCGAGAGUGACGGCGACGGCGACGAAGUCGAGAUUACUCACCUUAUCGCUCAAGUGGAUCCGGAGAACGUAGGCAGCAUGAGGGUCUCUGAAAAGUGCGGCGGGAGGCUUGUCACCGUCGGCAGAGAGUGCGUCAAGGUGUGGCGGUUUUCUGAAAUGAGGGACAUGGCCGUGUGGAGGUUUGAUAAACCUUCUGACAACGUCGAGUCAUUUUGA